AAACGAGCAGAUACGCCCACUUCACUUUUACACGUGGUUUAGAAAAGAGAAAUGGCUUCCAAGGAUAUGGAUGAGGGCAGUUCCCCUCCCUCUAAGAGCGACCCUCCAGCACAAGAGGAGGUGGCUAGCGACCCUGAGCUAGAGGAACUCCUAGACAGAUCCCUUGGUGAGUUUGGCAAGCAUGUGCCUACUGCAAAGGAGACCUCACCGCCUCCCAAGCCAAAGGACACGCCCAUUUUACCACUAAACGUGGAGGCCGAAUUCAGCGAAGUUUUUAGUGAAGAAUUUGCCGCACAAGCAGAAACACAGUUAGAGGAAGCCAUGAAAAUGAUGCAGUCUGAAAAUCCCGAUCUAUGGAAGCAAUUCGAAGACUUUUCGAGUACCCUUGGAAUACCGCCAGGGGGCGUGGCUAGUCACGGUGAGUCGUCAGUGGAUAGCGGAGGAGAGGCGGCUAAGAAGAGUGGAAGCAGGGAAGAGUCACUGGCCGGGGUGUUCGAGGAAACACUACAAAAAAUGAAGCAGAAUACGGAGGGGUUAGGGAGUGGAGGUGUGCUACCAGAGGCAUCAGAAGAAGAUGAUGACCAACUGCUCAAGAUGAUGCAAGGGAUGAUGUCAUCACUCCUCUCCAAGGACGUGCUCUACCCCUCCCUCACAGAGCUCUGUAAACAGUAUCCUGACUGGCUAUCAGAGCAUAAGGCAGAGAUAUCAGAAGAGGACUACCAGCGAUACUCCAAACAACUGGAGAUCAUGAGCACGAUUUGUACAGAGUUUGAGAGCGACUCUGAGGAACCAGCCAAGGCCACGUCUGACAAGAUACUGUCUCUAAUGCAACGGCUGCAGCAGUAUGGCCAACCUCCCGCUGAGCUGUCACCUGGAGACAGUGAGGGGGCUGCUGGGUUUUUGCCACCUGGAGGAGACAUGAACCCACAGAACUGCUCAUUGAUGUGAACCACUGUAUUGAAUACUGAGUUUGAGUUAUAUAAUUAUUUUAUAUUAUUUUGUGCACUUUAUAUACAUGUACCUUUUAUUUUGUGUGUGGCAUAUGUUUUGAAUCUAAC